CGUCAUCCAUCAUGGCUGAAUAACCGGCGGGAAAAAAGAAUCGCUUGAGGUUGUUGUGUUUGUCAAGUUAAACAUUUCAUUAUUUCUGUAAUAAAAAAUAAAAGAUGGAUCCUUCAGAAGUGGAAUUCCUCGCCGAGAAGGAAAUGGUGAAGAUUAUCCCAAACUUUAGUCUUGAUAAAAUGUAUUUAAUCGGGGGAGACCUGGGACCGUUUAACCCGGGACUGCCGGUGGAGGUGCCCGUGUGGCUGGCACUCAAUCUGAAACAGAGACAGAAAUGCAGAAUCGUUCCUCCAGAGUGGAUGGACGCUGAUAAACUGGAGGAGAUCCGAGAGCAGGAGAGAAGAGAGGACGCCUUCACCCCGAUCCCCAGCCCUUAUUACAUGGAACUGACCAAGUUACUGCUGAACCACGCUGCAGACAACAUCCCGAGAGCAGACGAAAUCCGGACUCUGGUCAAAGACAUCUGGGACACUCGCAUUGCAAAACUGCGUCUGUCCGCCGACAGCUUCAUCAGCCAGCAGGAAGCUCACGCCAGGCUGGAUAACCUGACUCUGAUGGAGAUCAACACCACACGUACGUUCCUGCUGGAUUCUCUAAACUUCAUGUACAAGCUGCGCUCCAACCUGCAGCCCGGCUCCGGCUCGGGGAAAUCGCAGGAUUAUUAAUCCGGACGUUCACACAGCUGUGUGCUGCUGCAGUGAGAUCACGUUUCCAGCUGCAACUCAAAUUAGCAGCGUUAAAACUAUUUAUUCACGGCUCUUCCUCUUCAGCAGAGCGACGGAGAAGAGGCCCGAGAGGACUGUUAUCUAUAACAUUAUAUAUUUCCAAGCUAUAGGAGACGUGUGAGAUAUUUUGAGUGUGUAUGAGGGGAGUGUAUUGUUUCCUUACACAUACAUAUGAGUGUAAUUAAAGAGUUGUUCAGUUUCUAUGUAUGUAUAUGAGACAGAGACAUGAUUUCAUCAUUAACCAAUUCAGACAUUUUUGAUUCUUUGUGAAUCAGCUAUAAGAAAUUUAAAGGAUUAGCCUGAAUGCUUUAUCAGGAAGCAUGUUACACACACACACCUUUACCUCUAAAUUAAGUCAAUCACACAAAACAACUUUAUUUUUAUAUUUUCAAUGAUUAAUUUCUGCUUUGUUCUAAGGUUAGAUAUUAGAUACCCCCCCCAGGUGUUAACGAUCUCUAGCACUUUCUUCCGAGCUUCAUUUUUUAUUUAUUUUUUCAAAGCAGUAUCUAACAGGGUUAAGAUAAAACCACAGCUUUUCUUCUGUCUUUAUGCGUCUAAGAAUAAAUCACAGGUCAAUUUACAGGUAAAGUGGUGAUGAGAAACCGACCAGACGAGGCAGACAACUGAAUUAAGGAUUCGUUAAAGCAAAUUAUUUGGAUUUGUCACUUAUCUAAUUGCAAAUUUCCAUUAAAUUGUGUUUAGGAACGCUCCAAUGAAAACAUGGCAGAAAUCGCAGCACGAAUAUAGAAAAUAAUAGAAAACAAGCAGCUGGUUGUCACUUGUGCUUUUGUGCCCCCUAGUGGACGUUUGUUGAACUGCAAUAAUGAACGCCUUUAUGUAAAUCUUGAAAUAUAAAAGAAAAACUCCAGAAUUAUUCAAGGAGUGUGAACAAAGUGUGUGUGUGUGUGUGUGUGAGAGAGAGGGGGGGGUGUAAAAAAUAAUAAUAUUCAAUUUUAUAUACAGAUUCUUG